AUGACCUCAACUGACGUGGACUUUCAAUCGCUAUAUCAGAGUUCUCUUCAACUAACAACAUCCGUAGGUGAUCUAGGUAUCCCUCGUCUCGAAAAACGCUUGGAAGAGUUGGAGACCGCAUCCCGUUGGCUCAAUGAUCAAGCCCCAAAUGGAAGUCGCAAGCGUCCAGCCGUUGACAAAGCUAAUUUUCUAUUGGCAUCGAAAGGAAUUGACGCGGAAAAGCUCAGCAAAGAGCUGCAACAAUUUGAAAUUGCACAUGAAUUUGAGUCGGAGACGCCGCUCGGGGAGACGGAUUUGGAGGGAUAUUUGGCUCAUCACCACGAGAUGAUCGUACUCACGGCUAUUGAGGACGUUAAUCGUCGCACGGUGGAAGCUACACACGAUCGGAUGAAUCGUGCAAUGAUUGAUGAUUUUGAGGAUGCCAAGCAGCGUCUGCUUGAAGAUUUAGGAGGUGCUAAACAGCUCGGGAUCCGGAACUAUCCUCGUGUCGUGGAUGAAGCUACUGGCAGCAUCUUUUCUUCUGCAGCACAGGAGAAGCGCCAGGCUUUAGAGCCAGUGACGGGCUUGGGCCUUGGUGGCGCAUCUUUUUCGAGCCAACCACGUUUCCAGGACUCAACGAGCUCUGGAGUUGGAGCGUCACUGCAAAUGUCACAGUUACAGGUGGAGAAUGCCAUGACGGAGGAGAUGAAGCAGUACUACUCGGUCAUUAAGGAACUCAACCGUAGUCGUGUCCCAAACACUCGCAGUCAAUUUGAGCUUGCACGUCACUUCCAACGUGUCUGUGCGGACAAUGUGUCAGUGUCGGUCAUUGGAUCAAAGUGGGGAGCUGUGUUUAAGUGCUGGCAACUGGUGAAUGACAUACUGGUCGGCGGAGAUGCUACUAAGUCAAGUGCGCCCAAGCUGGGAGAACGUGAAUUUACAGCUGUGAGAGAAGGAAAAGACGAGACUCAGCGCGCUCUUCUUCGGCACCGCUUUGCUUUCGGCGCGCGUGUAUUCCUUGAGAAUCAGUUUCGUGAUUUUGUGCAGGAAACUGUGCAAAAGAACAAUCUUGCCACUGGCGGGAUUCCUGACCUUGUCUCCACUAUACGUGCGUUCGUGAAGCAUCUGCAUAGCUCGCGUUAUGCUGCCAACGGCAGUGGUAGUAGCAUAGACGUGAAUAACACUUGGGCAAUUGUCUACUACUGUCUCCGUUGUGGUGGCGAUCAGGAGGCUGUCAAUUUUGCAAAGAGUGUGUUAAGUGGUGAUGACUCUCCUAUUGACGCAGAUAUUCUCUGUGCAUUGCGAUACCGUGCACAACAGAAGACAUUGUAUGCAGACCGCAGCGCUAACCCGCUAAAUGCUUUUCCAAAGCAAUUUCCAGCUGAGUUUGAGCGCUUGGUGGACCGCUACCACCGCUUGGUGAGCUCUUCAAUCGACGCAGUAUCGGUCGUGAAUCCGUACGAGCGCUGCGUUGUGAACUUGUUGUGCUUUGGCAACGUUAACGCCAACGAGCAGCGCAUCAUGACAACCGUUGAGGACUACCUGUGGCAGCGUCUUUGCUUUAUUCAGCGCGUGGCGUCUACUAGAUCGACGACGGACAGUACUUACACGAUCACAACGUUAUCUCAGAGUAUCCAGAGAUUUGGUCCGACACACUUUGAAGGUGGCGCACAGCCUGGUGGCAGUAACGUUUCAGCCUUCCUGUACUUUGAGAUCCUGCUUAUCACACAGGAUUUCGAAAAGGCAAUUAAAUAUCUGGCGUCAAAGGGUUUUCUGCUGGAAGCUGUGCAUUUUGCGAUCACACUAAACCACUACGGACUGUUGGAGUGCACGUCAUUUUCCAUGGGAGAAGAGGAUGAGACAACAGUCGACCUGGUGCGUCUUGUUCGCCAGUACAUCCAUGGUUUCCAGCGUGCCAACGCCGCAGAAGCGGCAGACUACGUGGUCUGUAUUUCAGAUUUGACAGCGAAGAAAGAGCUUCUCGCGGAGUUGCUGCUUGACACGCGCAAGUUUGAUGUGUUGGCUGGAUUCACAAACAACACAAACGGCUCGCGAACUCGUGGCCUGUACGACCACCUUCUUAGGGAUGAGCCCGAAGAUGAAGUGAAAGAACUCAUUCUCACCGCUGCACGCAAAGCAGAAGCUCGUGGUCGACCGCACGACGCGUUUGAGCUUUUAAAAAGUGCCGGUGAUAUCGAAGGCGUUAUUGUGCUGCUCAAUUCGCAGCUCAGCUCGACUUUAUCGGCCACACGGCCAGAGCGUGAGGAAUGGUUUCGUGAGGCGAAGGAAUUUGCCGAAAAGUGGAUGCGCUUCCCCUGGGUCCAGACAGUUGCAAGCCGACAUGCGCGUCAGGCUGCCAUUGCUUUCCAGACCCUUCUGAACAUCAGUAUUUUCCUCGAGAUCUUUGAAAAGCAGCAGUAUGCAGACGCUAUCGCGUUUGUUGUGGAGCUGGAGGCUGUGCCGACGCAGAACUCGAAUAACCUUAGUCUUUGCGUUGACCGCUUCCUCGCCUUUGACGAAACUGUGCGACGGAAUUUUCACAUUCUGUUGAUCGGAUACAUGGAGUGCCUCGUGCGGGAUGCGGACCGCCUAAAGACUCAAUUGUCUGGUGAAGUCCGGCGUACUGGCGUUGCUGCUCUGCGCGAAAAGGCCGAACUCCUGGUCACUUUUGCGGGCAUGAUUAAAUUCCGUCUACCGACAGGAACUAACGAGCGCCUGAAUCGCAUGGAGUCCAUGAUCUAUUAG